ACCUUCUUCCUUCCAGUGGUGGGCAGGGUCGCUUGUGUUGACAAACAUUUAUUCUCUCAGUAGGGCGGGGAUCUAUUCAUUUUACGACUCAAAAUCUGUUAAAUAAACGCUGUGAUAAAUAUAUAGGAAUAAACAAGAACGGAUUGCUGAUUGGUGUUAAGUACAAGAAUGGGUUGCUGCUUGACUGUUGGACCAAAUGAAGCGCUCGUUGUGUCAGGUGCCUGUUGUGGGUCAGAUGCAAAGACGUAUGUGGUGGGCGGCUGGGCGUGGGCAUGGUGGCUUAUAUCAGACACUCAGAGAAUUACACUAGAGAUUAUGACACUACAGCCGAAAUGCGAAGAUGUGGAGACAGCGGAGGGAGUCGCCAUUACAGUCACGGGAGUUGCUCAAGUCAAGGUUAUGACUGACAAAGACUUGCUGGCUAUUGCCUGUGAGCAGUUUCUGGGAAAGUCUGUCAUGGAAAUCAAAGCUGUAGUUCUGCAAACCCUUGAGGGACAUUUGCGUUCAAUCCUAGGCACAUUAACUGUGGAGCAGAUCUACCAGGACAGAGAUCAGUUUGCUCGGCUGGUGAGGGAGGUGGCAGCUCCUGAUGUGGGCCGCAUGGGAAUCGAGAUCCUCAGCUUCACUAUCAAAGAUGUGUACGAUAAGCUGGACUACUUGAGCUCUCUUGGAAAGACUCAGACAGCUGCUGUACAAAGAGAUGCAGACAUCGGAGUGGCCGAGGCAGAGAGGGAUGCUGGGAUUAGAGAAGCUGAAUGCAAGAAGGAAAUGAUGGAUGUGAAGUUCUUGGCUGACACUAAAAUGGCCGACUCCAAACGAGAGCUUGAGCUACAAAAAGCUUCUUUCAACCAAGAAGUAAACACUAAGAAAGCCGAGUCUCAGCUGGCCUAUGAGCUGCAGGCCGCUAAAGAGCAGCAGAAGAUCCGAUUGGAGGAGAUCGAAAUAGAAGUUGUGCAGAGGAAAAAACAAAUCUCUAUUGAGGAGAGGGAGAUCGAGAGGACAGAAAAGGAGCUCAUCGCUACAGUCAAGCGGCCAGCUGAAGCCGAGGCUUACAAGAUGGAGCAGCUCGCUGAGGGAUACAAGAUGCAGAAAGUGCUGACGGCUCAGGCGGAGGCAGAGAAGAUCCGCAAGAUUGGAGAAGCAGAGGCCAUCUCCAUCUCGUCUGUGGGAAAAGCAGAGGCCGAGAGAAUGAGGCUGAAGGCUGAGGCUUAUCAGCAGUACGGGGAGGCGGCCAAAACUGCACUCGUCCUGGAGGCUCUGCCUAAGAUUGCUGGGAAGGUGUCUGCUCCUCUGGCUAGGACUAAUGAGAUUGUCAUUCUGAGUGGUGAUGGCAGUCGUGUGACCGGAGAAGUGAACCGUCUCCUCGCUGAGCUGCCCGUCUCUGUUAAUGCCCUCACCGGUGUGGAUCUGUCUAAGAUGCCUCUGCUGCAGAAGUUGACCGGUGCUCAAGCAUGAAGUCGAUCAGCUCCGUCUCCUCCAUGAUAUGUUGUAUGCACUCACACAAACUGCCUUUAGACGACUUGGGAAAUCUUUUUUCUUUCUUUUAUUCUUUUCUUUUUUUAUGGAAUAAAAACAAAAAACAACACAAAAAA